AUAGGACCCUUUCCUUAUUAAAUGGACAGUAACUCACACACCUGCCACUAAAGAGAAAAGAUAACUUAGAAAAACCCAGUCAGAAAACACUGUACUUAGGAAAGAAGGUGUGCAGAAGUCAGUGUUGGCUGCACUUCUGCUGUAGCCAGGCACAGCUCUCACGUCACUAAAGCUCUUUGAGCCUUUAAUCCCUCAGCCCCUCACUGAUGGUCAUAUUAAGCUAAGAUAACUUAUCUGUUGGGACUUUUUCUAUGCCUAUUUUUUUCAGCAUUAUGGUCCAGAAAUUAAAUGGGUCGAUGGAGGAAAACCACUGUUGAAAGUUUCAACUCAUUUAGUUUCUACAGUGUAUACACAGGAUCAGCAUUUACAUAAUUUUUUCCAGUACUGUCAGAAAACUGAAUCUGGAGCUCAGGCUGUAGGGAAUGAACUUGUAAAAUACCUUAAGAGUCUGCAUGCAAUGGAAGGCCAUGUGAUGAUCGCCUUCCUGCCCACCAUCCUAAACCAGCUAUUCCGAGUCCUCACCAGAGCCACCCAGGAGGAAGUCGCAGUUAAUGUGACUAGGGUCAUUAUUCACGUGGUUGCCCAGUGCCAUGAGGAAGGAUUGGAGAGCCACUUGAGGUCAUAUGUUAAGUAUGCUUAUAAGGCUGAGCCAUAUAUUGCUUCUGAAUAUAAGACAGUGCAUGAAGAGCUGACUAAAUCCAUGACCACCAUUCUCAAGCCUUCUGCCGAUUUCCUCACGAGCAACAAACUCCUAAAGUAUUCUUGGUUUUUCUUUGAUGUGCUGAUAAAAUCCAUGGCUCGGCAUUUGAUAGAAAACUCCAAAGUUAAGGUAUGUUACUCCAUGUGGAGGCUUGUGUCUCCUUCAUUGUGUGUGCAGCUAACAUUUCUGACUGUUUUAUAUGUGCCAGUUCUGGGACUAUCCUGA